UCACGAUGUUGACUCCUGCGUGGAAGGCUCUUUGCGGUGCCACUGAUUGCAAAGAAAUAUUUUCUCCAUGAAGCUGGGAUGCUCACAUGCUAGGCCCACCUUUUCCCUCUCUACCCCAUCGAAGACCAUGGCUCCUCAAAAGGAAUAAUUAGAUAACCCACCACUAUAUAUUCCUGUGAUUCUAUCCCUUGAACUCCUCUCUCUCUCUCUCUCUCUCUCUCUCUCUAGCUCUUUCUCACACACACAUAAAUCAAUGGCUACUGUCGAAGUGAUGACUGAGAAAUCCAACCAAGGUAUAUAUAUUACAGGCCGAGAAGGUGUGGCUUCCUACCACAAAAGGCUUGAAGGCAAGGUGGCUAUCAUCACUGGUGGUGCCCAUGGAAUCGGUGAAGCCACUGUUCGCCUCUUCGCCAAACAUGGCGCCAAAGUCAUCAUCGCUGAUGUCGACGACACAGCUGGUGAAUCCCUUGCCGCUUCACUCUCACCCUUAGUCACCUUCGUCCACUGUGAUGUCACCCAAGAACACGACAUGGAGCAACUCAUCAAACUCGCCCUCUCUCGUUACCUCAAGCUCGACAUCCUCUGCAAUAUUGCUGGUGUGCUCGGUCGCCAGACCUCUGCCCACAAAACCAUCACUGAUCUUGAUGUCGACGAGUUCGAUAACGUGAUGCGAGUAAACGUCCGAGGCGCGGCUCUUGGCAUGAAGCACGGUGCACGUGCCAUGAUACCUAAGAAAUCUGGGUGCAUUGUGUCUAUGGCUAGUGUGGCCGGAGUCUUAGGUGGGCUUGGCCCUCAUGCUUACACUGCGUCCAAGCACGCGAUUGUUGGGCUCACGAAGAACGCAGCAUGCGAGCUUGGCGAGUGUGGGAUUAGGGUUAACUGCAUCUCGCCUUUCGGUGUUGCGACUCGAAUGUUGGUUAAUGCAUGGAGGGACGAGGGAGAUGAAGAGGGAGGUAUGGAUGUGGGGAGUCCUACUAAAGAUGAAGUAGAGAAGAUGGAGGAGUUUGUGAGGGGGCUAGCUAAUCUAAAAGGGCCUACAUUGACUGCUAGAGAUAUAGCUGAAGCAGCUCUUUAUUUGGUUAGUGAUGAGUCUAAGUAUGUUAGCGGUCAUAAUCUUGUUGUUGAUGGUGGUGUUACUACCUCCAGAAAUCUCAUCGGCUUGUAAGCAGGAGCCAGUGAUUCUUGGUAUAUUCUUUUCGUGUAUCACAACUCACAAGAUAUAAAGGAACCAUGGGAACAUGGAAGAGCGAGAACUGUUAU